CAUCAUUAAUUUAACAACACUGCACAAUGACAACUUUGAGUAAACUUGUUCGUGAAGAGUUCUGUUGAAUAGUUGUGUGAGAGGCUCUGCCUAUAAUUAGUUUCCGAAGACCGCCUCAGCUAUUUUUAGCACCGCACGACGACUGAAUUGGAUGGUGCUAACGAAGUCAGGUUCAUGAAUCUUCGCCACAGAGUACGGAAACUGAAAACACAAUGAGACUCAAAAGAAGCAACAAACAACAAUGGCGACGACGAAUAGAUUGAGUUUCAUCAAAACACAAACCAUUGAUACUAGGAAUCCCACUAAUCAAAUCCAUCGUCAUGCAGAGAGAAUAUUACGGCAACAAAACGUCGACUUACUCGCAGAUAUUGGUGGUGUCAUCGGUAGGUUUGAUGAUAGCAGCCGCAGUGCAUUACCGUAUACGGAGGCUACGUGAUUCCAAAAUCAUCCCUCGUCUUAGAUUAUCUCACAAACACAAAGACCAUGAGAAACUCGAAAGAUUCUCUCAUUACGUUGCAAGGCAAAUGGGAUUCAAGGACAGAAGAGAGUGUCCAAAUCUCUGCAAAUUAGCAGCAGAAUACAUCAGGAAAUCUGAAUGUUGUGAAGAAGAUAUUUACAGCUUUUUCUCUCAAGAGCCUGACGCUGAUACCCUCUUCAUUAAGCUUGUUGAGGAGUUUGAAAGAUGCAUUCUCAGCUACUUUGCGUAUCACUGGAGCCACGCCGAUCUCAUGAUUAGCCAGAUACUGAGCGCAGACGCAGAGCCAAAGAGGAAGCUGAAGCAAAUUGUGAUGGCAGCUACACGGGAGCAGAGGAUUAAGAGGGUGACUAAGAACUUGAAAGUGGCAAGAGUGUUCAACACUUUGGUAGAGGAAAUGAAAGCAAUGGGGCUCGCGUCUACGGAUGACUCACAGUGUACAGAAGUUAUGGCACCAGUGGCUCACAAAGACCGCAGUCCGGUUCUACUCCUCAUGGGUGGUGGGAUGGGCGCAGGAAAGAGCACUGUGCUCAAGGACAUACUCAAAGAAGCAUUCUGGGCAGGAGCAGACUCUGUGGUGAUUGAAGCUGAUGCUUUCAAAGAAUCUGAUGUCAUUUACAGAGCCUUAAGCUCUCGUGGCCAUGUCGAUAUGAUCCAGACAGCUGAAUUGGUUCAUCAGUCAUCAACAGAUGCAGCUUCAUCACUGCUAGUGACGGCCCUGAAUGAAGGGAGGGAUGUGAUCAUGGAUGGGACACUCUCAUGGGUACCAUUUGUGGUGCAGACAAUAACAAUGGCGAGGAACGUGCAUCGUCACCAUUACAGAAUGGGAGCUGGAUACAAGGUUGGUGACGAUGGGGUUGUCACAGAGAACUAUUGGGAACGGAUUGGUGAAAGGCAACAGCUUCAAGAGGAUGGGCGUAGGAGAAAACCAUAUAGAAUUGAACUAGUUGGAGUUGUGUGUGAUGCAUAUUUAGCAGUUAUAAGAGCCAUUAGGAGAGCCAUCAUGUGUCGAAGAGCAGUUAGGGUGAGAUCGCAGCUGAGAUCUCACAAACGGUUUGCGGAUGCAUUUCCUACGUACUGCAACCUUGUUGACAAUGCUAGGCUCUACUGCACCAACGCGCUUGAAGGAUCUCCAAAGCUGAUAGGUUGGAAAGAGAAAGAAAAGACAUUGCUAGUGGAUCCAGUGGAGAUAGAGUGUUUGAAGCGAGUAGGAGCGUUGAACGAGAACGCAGACUCCAUUUGCGAGCUCUAUAAUAAACCCAAUCCCGCUUGUGAAGCAGGAUCAAUCUGGAAAGACAUUGUUCUUUCACCUUCAAGGUUUAACAUUCAACAAGGACUCAAACACUCGAUUCAGAAAGUAGAAAGAUCUAAACAACAUCUCAACAACACCACCAAAAGCUGAAUAGGUCUUUGUUAAGAUUGUAUACAAACCAUUGUAUGUAACAAAAUUAGGCUUCAAGAAACUCAGAUUUGGCAUCUUCAACGAUUGAUGAAAACAGAUUUAUCUUUAUAUAUAUAUGAUUUUGAAAGCAUAGUAAUAGUUCAAGGAGCCAUUGAAUUACACAAGAAAGAAGACUGAGAUAAAGAAAAAAAGCAAAGAAGUCACACAUAAAGGAUCAUUGAAUUA